AGAGAGAGAGAGAAGGGGAGAAAACAGAAAACAGUCCGGAUCCUGCUGCUGCUGCAGCCCCGUGCGCGCGCACACACACACACCGACAGACGGGCGGACACACCGGAGCUCAGACGGACAGACAGCCGGGAGGAUGGGCCGGCGGAGCGGCCGUCGGUAGCGCUCAGUUUUCGGGCACGGAGCUCCAGGAUGAGCGUAGCGCUGCAGGACCUCCGGAACACCAUGUCCAGCUACAAGCGAGCUACGUUGGAGGAGGAGGAGGGGUCGGACACUCCGGCUGAGGCGGCCUCGUCUCCUGACAGAGUGGAGGUGGGCUUCAGGAAAGGGGGCGUGGACUUCCUGGGCAGGAGGACUCAGCUGGAAGUCCUGCUCUCCGUCAUGCUGCUGGCCUCCCUGCUGGCUCUGCUGGCCUGUCUGCUGGUUCUGGGACUGGGAUUCAGCUCAGACAGUGGGCGUGGCCUGUGCCUGUCAGAGGCGUGCGUUACCGUGGCGAGUCAGAUCGUGGAGGCAAUGGACCGUGGUGUUGACCCGUGUCAGGACUUCUACCAGUUUUCUUGCGGCGGAUGGAUGAGGAAGAACCCGCUCCCGGACGGACGCUCCCGCUGGUCCACCUUCAACAGUAUCUGGGAGCAGAACCAGGCUCUGCUCAAACACCUGCUGGAAAACGGGACGUUUAACGGCAGCAGCGAAGCGGAGAGGAAGACUCAGUCCUACUACCUGUCCUGCCUCAACACGCAGAGGAUCGAGGAGUUGGGAGCCCAGCCUCUCAUAGACCUCAUCGCCAAGAUCGGCGGCUGGAACAUGACGGGUCCGUGGGACAAAGACAACUUCAUGGAGGUCCUUAAGGUGGUCUCGGGUCCGUACCGGGCUCAGCCGUUCUUCAGUGUUGGGGUGAGCGCAGAUCCCAAGAACUCCAACAGUAACGUCAUCCAGGUGGACCAAUCAGGGCUCUUCCUGCCGUCCAGGGACUAUUACCUCAACAAAACAGCCAAUGAGAAGGUUCUAGUGGCCUACCUGGACUACAUGGUGGAGCUGGGGAGGCUGCUGGGUGGCGAGCGGACCUCCACCCAGGUCCAGAUGCAGCAGAUUCUGGAGUUCGAGACAGCGCUUGCCAACAUCACCGUCCCUCAGGAUCAGCGGCGAGACGAGGAGAAGAUCUACCACAAGGUGACGGUCGCUGAGCUGCAGCUGCUGGCUCCAGCUGUGGACUGGUUGGACUUCCUGACGUCCUCCCUAUCUCCUCUGGAGCUGAACGACACUGAACCUGUUGUCCUGUAUGCCAGAGAGUACCUGCAGCAGGUCUCCGAGCUCAUCAACAAGACCGACCGCAGUCUGCUGAAUAACUACAUGAUGUGGACUCUAGUCCAGAAGAGCGUGGCCACCCUGGACCAGCGUUUUGAGAAUGCUCAGGACAAACUGCUGGAGAGUCUCUACGGAACCAAGAAGUCCUGCACCCCACGUUGGCAGACCUGUAUCGGAAACACUGACGACACUCUGGGCUUUGCUCUCGGCGCGCUCUUCGUCAAAGCAACGUUUGACAAACACAGUAAAGACAUCGCUGAAGACAUGAUAAACGAGAUCCGUUCGGCAUUUAAAGGAGCUCUGGACAGACUCAGCUGGAUGGACGACCAGACAAGACAAGCUGCUAAAGACAAGGCAGACGCCAUCUACGACAUGAUCGGCUUUCCGGAAUUCAUCCUAGACCCCAAAGAGCUAGAUGACGUGUAUGACGGGUACGAGGUGUCAGACGACAGCUUCUUCCAGAACAUGCUGAACUUCUACAACUUCUCAGCCCGAGUGAUGGCCGACCAGCUGAGGAAGACUCCCAACAAGGACCAGUGGAGUAUGACUCCUCCUACUGUUAAUGCCUACUACAUGCCCACUAAGAACGGCAUCGUCUUCCCUGCCGGGAUUCUACAAGCUCCUUUCUACGCCCACGACCAUCCCAAGGCGUUGAACUUCGGUGGCAUCGGGGUGGUGAUGGGCCACGAGCUAACACAUGCCUUCGAUGAUCAAGGUCGGGAGUAUGAUAAAGAGGGAAACCUGAGGCCAUGGUGGCACAACUCAUCGGUGGAGGCUUUUCGCCAGAGAACAGAGUGCAUGGUGGACCAGUACAGCCACUACACCGUCAACGGAGAACACGUCAACGGGAAACAGACACUGGGAGAAAACAUUGCUGACAAUGGAGGGCUGAAGGCUGCGUACCAUGCAUACCGCUCGUAUAUCCAGAAAAAAGGAGAGGAGAAAAGACUUCCUGCUGUCAACCUGACAAAUGAUCAGCUCUUUUUCGUGGGAUUUGCCCAGGUGUGGUGCUCAGUUCGAACACCAGAGAGCGCUCAUGAGGGCCUGGUGACCGACCCCCAUAGUCCCCCUAGAUACCGAGUCAUCGGCACGCUGGCCAACUCGCCGGACUUCAGCCACCACUUCAAUUGUGCCGAGGGGACCCUCAUGAACACCGGGAAGCGCUGUGAGGUCUGGUAGAUUGAAGCGGACCGGGUCGGCUGGAGGCGGGGUUAAUUAGGUUAAUCUGCUAAUUGACAGGUUAACUGGCUCGUUAGUGUCUUAAUUAGAGUCUGCAGUUGUUGCGGUGCGUUCAGGGGUGCAGGUGUAAUCUUCAGUUAAUCUGCUAAUUAGCAACGAUCAGACUCACUUCAUGUCUGGAAACUUUAUAGGGGGCCAAUGGACUUCCAGGCCUGAUGGACUGAUGACGAUGAAGAUGACAAAGCCACUCCGUUAUCACCAUUAUUGAUCAUUAAUAAUAAUGGGCUUUGAUUUGUGAGUGUGUGUGUAUGCCCGUGUGUGUGGAGCAAACUCUGUUACUGAUCUAAGUGAUGACCUCACUGUGAUGACCUCAUACCAAUUGGACCUGUUACAUCACUCUCAGGUGUGAGGAAGCUGUCAUUUGAUUGGCUGGAGGGCUUCAUUUUUUCAGUUUUAUACACCUAAUAAGAUUAAAAUUAUUCAUUUUGUCAGUUCAAUUUAGGUUUGAAAUGUUCCAGAUAGUUUGAAAAUGCUUGUAAAUAAUCCCAGACAACUAUCUAAAGCAGCCAUGAUGAAGAGAAGGAACUUUAAACACUUUUUGACCACAGUCUUUCGUACGUCUCAGAGUUUCUAAAUGUGUUUGAAUUCCAUGUUGUGAAUCACUGCCCUUUAAUUUAACGCCUUAAAGCCCAUCAGAAGUAAUCAUGUUGUUUUAGGCUUUUUUAAGGUAAAAAAAAGUUUGUCCACUUGCAUCAUGUAAACACUGUAAGCUGCCUCUUUAGUGUUGUCAUGGUUACCAAAACUCAGCAUCACAUCCAUGGUUUUAUUCCAGAGUUCAGUGAGAAGCAAAAAAUGCAUUAAAAUUAGACUUUAAACUUCUUUAAAAAUAAAUUUAAAAAAAACUAAAAAAGCUAUUGCAGUAUUCCUGACACUGGAGCUGAGAUCUGAGAUGAGCAUGAGGCGUUCAGGAACUACAACUGACUAGACUUUCAGACAUUUCAGAGCAGCAGCUCUGCAUGGAAAAGUCUUCAGGCCAGGUUAAAGAACUCAGUAACUGGGAGGAAGCUAAAAACUAAAUAAACCCUUUGGGGAUUUUCAGGAAUUCAUUUGAGAGACUGAACUGAGCGUGGGGUCUUGGGGUUGAAACCAACAAGCAUUCAGGGACUAAAAAAUAAAUGUGGGUUAUUUACAUGUUGAAAUAAAAAACAUUAAGGAAGUAAAAAAGGAUGACAACAUGAAAGGUGUUUUAAAGAAUGUACCUGUCUGUGGUGCAUUCAGGGACCUGGAAACUGAAAGUGUAAAUAGUAUGAUGACAACACAACUCACUGUAUAGUGACAGUUCACGUGUGCGCAUGCAUGUGUGCGCUUUGCCUCCUGAUGACAUCACUGUUCAAUCCCGUGCAGCUCCUGUUUGUGUCGUCAUUUGUUCAAAGAAGCUGCUUCCUGCCAAAGAUGUGUGUGUGCGUGUGCUGGUGUGUUCAUGCUUGUGAGGAUUGCUGUAAAUCACCAGGCAUGUGGGGACGUUUCAGAGUUUGGGGACAUUUAGGAAUGUGGGGAGAUUUAGUAAAGUGGGGACAUUUGGGAUUGUUGGGAUGUUUGGGAAUGUGGGGUUCAGUCCUCAGAAACCUUUCUUUUCCUACAGUCAGAGUUUGAACCGUCCUGGUCAGCAUUUCCCAGCAUCCUCAAUAGACUGUUCAGGUUUGGGUUUAUUUGGGGAUGAGGAUUUAAGUCAGCGAUGGUCCUCACAAGUAUAGAUGAGUGUGUGUUUGGGUCAGAGCUGUGUCAUUGUGUGUACAGUAGACAAUAAUAGAAACUAUGUAGAAUAAACUCAGCUCAUUGUAAUCUGUCUGUCCUGAAGGGGACGUUGGUGCUCUGGUCAUCCAAUCAGAGAGCUGCGUUCCACAUGGCUGCUCUCAGAGGUCUGACAGAGGUUUUAUGACUUGAUUUUGAUGUCACAGAACUUGUAGGAAUCAGAGAUGUUUUCUAUCAGAAUGCAGAAAUAUAAUAAAUAUGAACACAAUGAA